AGUUUUAUUCUGUAUGAACAGUAAAGCAUUUUGUGUACAUAACGAUAGCUAGGUAAACUUUAAAUACUUAUAAUCACUUUAUACUAAAUGAAAAAGGGUAGAACUUUAAACAUAAAAUCAGUGCCGUAAAACAACCGCCGGAUACCAAUGAAAUCCGCCUUAGCAUAAUGAUAGGAAGACUUCACAAAAUGAGUGAAAUUACAGUCUAAAUGUAACAAAGACAAAAAAUGAAAGUUCAAUAUGUUAUCAUAUAUGGAAAGUACAAUAGAUAUGAAAGUAUCAUGGUGAGAUAAUAUAUUUGAAAAACUUUCAGUUCUGUGUUGAUUAAUCAAGAAGCCGGAUUUAUUCACACGUUCAAUAACAAUUGUUCCUGGAAAGUAAUAAAUAUAUCUUCAAAGAUGAGAUCUAGCCGGGUGUCCUAUUACGAGAAAGAGGUUCUGAAAGAGUUACGAUUAAGAGUAGAGACAAACGACCCUCUUUUCUAUGGACAAAAGAAAUUGAAAAUGCGUGGGAAAGAUUUGAAGGCGAUCCCUCACGUGCUCUUCACCAUGAUGGAUCUUGAGGUUUUGGACUUGAGCCCUGAACGCGAAUCGUGCCUCGACUUCCGCCUUCCUCUGGUUCCUCCAUCUAUAGGACGCUUGAUAAACUUGAAGGUUCUCAUGCUGGAUACCAAUGAUUUAUAUACUCUACCAAAGGAAAUAUGUCUGCUGCAGAGUUUGGAGCGUUUGUCGCUAAGCAACAAUGUUCUGACGUCACUGCCUCAUGGUAUCAGUCGGCUUCCUCAUCUAAGAAGUCUACAUAUGUCAAAUAAUAAAUUUGAGGCCUUCCCUCUUGAAGUUUGUGAUGUCAAAGUUUUAGAAUUUCUUGACCUCAGUGAUAAUUUGUUGGUAUCCAUACCAAAGGAAAUCGUUCGUUUAAAAACACUCGGAACUCUCUUGCUCAACUAUAACAAACUAAUUCAUCUACCAGACGAACUAUGUGAACUCGUAGAUCUUGAAUGUUUAUGGCUUGGAAACAACCGGUUGAGGGAACUUCCGCACAACUUCGGCAAUCUCGUGAAAUUGGACUGGGGAUACAGGUACACUUCCUCUGUGCUAGAAUGUAACCCACUGAAUCCACCUUUAGAGAUAUGUAGGCUAGGGCCAAGGAAAAUAACCGAGUAUUUCAAGGAUCUGGAUUCUGUAAGGGAGAUAACUACGGCUGAGUUUGAAGGUGACGAGGAAGAGUUACGCGCCAUCGAAGCUGAAUCAGAUCUUGAAAAAGAGGAAAACGAUACAAAAACCCCAGAACCAGAUGAAACAUGAUCUAACGCGUAUAAAAAAACGUUUUCCUUGCUGAUAUCAGUUUAAAUUUAUGAUACUUUUACGACAUGGUAUAGUGCAUAUUGACGUAUUUAUGGGUCUGUUUAUUAAGUGUUCUACACUUAAUUCUAAUUGACUUUCAAUAUUUAAUAGCUUAGAAUCAAGUUCUAGAUAAAUCAAUAUUAGCUAAGCCUUUCUUUUUAUUUCGAGUGUUUAAACUUCCGGAUGAUGACAUAUAGAGCUUACCUACAUUUCAGAGUUUCCGUCUGAUUCCAUUUGGUGUUAUUUGUGAUAUUACCAUAUCAGUCGCAAUAUGACAUUAAGUGUAUGAAGUUUAACGUAUAUGCGUAUUAUAUUCACAUUUGCUUUAUACAUCUCAAGUCUAAUUGUUGUAUCUUAAAAGUCCUUGUUUAAUUUCCUAAACGAACGUACGCUCACGUGGCGUCCAUUUUAUUAGAAAUUACAGCAUAUCUGAUAUCAAUAAAGUACAUUUCUGUAACUGG